GCAUGCGUAUCAAGUUCAACAUAGUAAGGUUAUAAUCUGAUAAAAGUCGGCAGUUUUUAAAACAUGAAGAAUACCGUGUUUAUUUUUUGUUGUAUAAUCAUACUAAGUGUAUCCAGUUCAAAAAAAGCCAAGGAAGGUGAAAAACCAGAAUGGGCUAAAAAAGACAUCAGGGAUUACUCGGAUGCUGACAUGGAAAGACUGCUAGAGCAAUGGGAAGAAGACGAUGACCCCUUGGAAGAGGACGAACUACCGGAACAUUUACGUCCAAUGCCCAAAAUUGACAUAAGUAACUUGAAUCCUGAAGACCCCCAAAGUCUGCUAGAAGCCACGAAAAAAGGGCGCACUUUGAUGACCUUUGUUAGUGUUGUGGGAAACCCUACAAGGGACGAAAGUGAAGAAAUCACAAAACUCUGGCAGACUAGUCUUUGGAAUAACCACAUACAGGCAGAAAGAUAUAUGGUUGACGACAACAGGGCGAUAUUUUUGUUUAAAGAUGGCUCACAGGCAUGGACUGCCAAAGAGUACCUUAUAGAGCAAGAAAAAUGUGAGAGUGUCACUAUCGAGGGAAAGGUAUAUCCAGGGAAAUACUCAAACAACGUCAAACAAGAGUUAUAACGUAAUAUUUUUAUAUUUUGUUACAUUUUUAAAUAAAAAGCUAUCACUUGCUUAA